AUGCUGGCAUGGCAGGACGGCGGGGCCAAGGCGGCUCCCGCCCACCACAAGAUUUCCUUCUCUGUCCUGGACAUCCUGGACCCGCAGAAAUUCACCCGCGCUGCGCUCCCGGCCAUGCGUCCUGCUCCCCGGGAAGCCAAGAAAAGUUUGGCAGAGGCCGAAGCGGGGAAGGACGCCAGCCCGGGGGACUCAGCUCGGCAGCGGGAGACCCCUGAUGCUGCGGACCGCGGCGCGGGCGCGGCGUCCCCCUUGGAGGGCUCGGAGGCCGAGGAGGCCGAGGAGGAGGAGGAGGAGGCCGAGGACGCGGGGCGGCGGCGGCGGAGGGAGCGGGCCGCGCGCCUGGAAGCGGACCCGGCGCGUUCCCCCGAGUCCCGGGCGGCGGCGUUGGCGGCGGGGGAGCGGGCCCCCGGCGGGCUGGCGGGCUCCCCGGGCUCGCCCGACUCCCCGCGGCCCCGGCGCCGGCGCACGGAGCCCCGCUGCGCCAAGCCCAGGCGCGCGCGCACCGCCUUCACCUACGAGCAGCUGGUGGCUUUGGAGAACAAGUUCCGGGCCACGCGCUACCUGUCCGUGUGCGAGCGCCUGAACCUCGCGCUGUCGCUCAGCCUCACCGAGACGCAGGUCAAAAUCUGGUUCCAGAACCGCAGGACCAAGUGGAAGAAGCAGAACCCGGGCGCCGACGGUGCGGCGCAGGCGGGGAGCGGCGCGCCCCAGCCCGGGGCGCCCGGAACGGCAGCCGCGGCGGGCGGCGGCGGCUCGGGAGGCAGCUCCGGCGCCCCCGGGCCGGGCGCGCUGCCCUUCCAGACUUUCCCCUCCUACUCGGCGGCCAACGUGCUCUUCCCAGCCGCCACCUCCUUCCCGCCGACGACCGCCGCCGCCGCCGGGGGCCCCUUUGCGUCCUUCCUCGGACCCUCCUACCUGACCCCUUUCUACACCCCGCACCUAUGA